AUGAAGUCCAUCUUUUCCAUUCUGGUCCUUGGCCUCAGUGCCUCCGGCGUUCUCGCCGCCAACUUUGCCGGAUCUUGCGAGACCAAUUCGAUCAAGGUUAGCGGUAGGACGUUGACGGCGAACUGCAGGAACAUCUUUGGGCAAUACAAGUGCUCCAAGCUCGAUCUGAACCGGUGCCUCAAGAACAGCUACGGCACUCUGCAGGCCGAUCCAGCUGGAAAUGGUGCCCAUCUGGGAGACCAGUGCAUCCAGUGCACCAAUGGCAAGCCUGACAACGGCCUGAUCGUCGACGCCGGCCCGUCGCUGAUGUAUUGCAAGUGCAAUCCUGGCACCGGCGCUGCCCAGGCCAAUUGGCCCACUGCCAUUUUCGACCUCAGUCUGUGCCCCCUGAAUCCUUAG